AUGGGGGCAGGCGCGGGGCCGAGCAAUGCAGCGCCCACCGGCGCGGCUGAGCUGGCUGCUGCGCAGCACGUGGCAGCGGCAGGGGUGACGACGCCCGGUAGCGCCAGCGCGGCGGACCCCGCCUGCCCACCAGCAGCACCGGCCACCGGCCUCAGCAGCAAGAGGGGGACCGACGGCGCGGGCACCCCGGGCGGCGGGGGUCGCAAAGUGCACGGCCGGAGGGGAGACGGGGGCGACGAGACCAUGAUGGACCAGGCGA